GUAAACAAACGGAGACAGACUUUGACCUCAACUUGCCAAAUUUCCAAAGGACACACGGCUGGCCGUUCGCUGCUUACUGGAGCGUCCAUCCCAGCGGCCGCAGGUCCUCAGAGGUGAGACAUGAGCGCUUUUGUGACUCUGUCGUCAGGGCAGAGGAUGCCAGUGAUCGGGCUCGGCACAUGGAAGAGUGCUCCAGGACAGGUGAAGCAGGCCGUGCUGGCUGCUUUAGACUGCGGCUACAGACACAUCGACUGUGCGGCGGCAUAUGGAAAUGAACGGGAGGUUGGAGAGGCUCUGGCUGUCUGGGUCGGUCCAGGGAAGGCUCUGCGCCGUGAGGAGGUGUUUGUGACUUCCAAACUGUGGAACACCAAGCACGACCCCGGGGAUGUCGAAGAGGCAUGCAGAACCAGUCUGGCCCACCUGGGCCUCUCCUACCUGGAUCUGUACCUGAUGCACUGGCCCAUGGCCUUUCAACGGGGUACGGAGCUGAUGCCUAAACGAGAGGAUGGAAGCAUUUGCUACUCCAACACACACUACAGAGACACCUGGAUGGCCAUGGAGAGCCUCGUGGAUAAAGGUCUCGUCAAAGCCAUAGGACUGUCCAACUUCAAUGCCAGGCAGACCGAUGACAUCAUCAGCAUUGCAAGACACAAGCCUGUGGUGAACCAGGUGGAAUGUCACCCUUACUUGUCUCAAACAGAGAUCCUGUCACACUGCCGGUCUGCAGCAGUUUGUGUGACAGCCUACAGUCCUCUGGGCAGUGGAGACAGACCCUGGGCAACUUCUGAUGAGCCGAGACUUCUGGAGGACCCACGACUGGGGGCCAUCGCCCAGAGAUACCAGAAAUCCCCCGCCCAGGUGAUCCUCAGCCGGCUCUACUGCGAGUGGAAUCUCAGCGUCUUGUACCACAGGUGGCACGUUCAGAGGGGUGUGGUGAGCAUCCCCAAAAGCGUCACCCCCUCCAGGAUCCAGCAGAACCUGGAGGUGUUUGACUUUUCCUUAUCCCCGGAGGACAUCGACCUGAUCGAGUCCUUCAACCGCAACACGCGCUUCAUAGUUCCAACGGUUGAGAGAGAAGGCAAGAGAGUGUGGAGAGAUGCAGAGCAUCCCCAUUUCCCCUUCAACGAUCCUUACUGAGUCUACAGCAACUUUUAGACAGUCGUCACAGAGGAAAAAUAAAAAAUGUCAUGGAUUUGAAAUAAACUCCAACCGAUUGUAUUUCUGAAAGUCUCAAACAGGAUAUUUUACAACCAUUUAUUAUCUAACUUGAUUGGUCAAGGUUGCUUCCAAAGGGCUACACAUUUCCUAUCUGUGUGUGCAUGUGGAGCGCUGCCAAAAUUUUACAAAAGAAUGACUUCUUGAAAAAAAGAAAAACUAGAACAAA